AUGGCCGCCUACGACCAGUACGGUAUGCUCUUCAAGAGCGAGAUCUUCUCCGACUUCAAGCUCACUUGCAACGGAACGACCAUUCCUGUUCAUCGCAUCGUCUUGGCGACGCACUCACCUGUUUUCCGCAGAGCAAUGACCAGCUCGUUCAAGGAGGCGCGUGAAGGCCUAAUGAAUCUGCCUGAGGACGAUCCCGUCAUUCUCGAGAAGUUCCUAUCCAUCAUGUACCGAGGCACAUACGACGACGCGCUCUUUGGCAAGGCUCAGGCUCCCCACCUUACGACCACUCUGCCACUAAAAAAGCUCAUUGGCUUCCUCAGCGGUACCGAAGCGGGUUGGGAUCUUGAUAUGAACGAACGCAAGGCCCUGGACAACUUUCACUGCACCAACGACAUUGACUCGCCUGAGGGCAUGGCUCUAGCACAAGAGAGUUUGCAAGACGCCUUAUACAUCUACUUCAUGGCCAAGAAGUAUCAAUGUGCCAUUGCUGCCGUGAUUGCCCACGAUCGGUUUCUCAGUGCCCUCGACUUCUGCUUUGAUAAGCCGGAAUUCUCCGACCAAGAGCUCCACAAGUUCAUCGAGGUUAUUGAUGAGCUGUAUAGCAAUAGCAUCCCAAAAGACAUCCUCCGCUUGACGCUGUGCCGCCAUUUCCACCGCUUUACCGACAAGCGGCCCGAUGUUGGUCAGCGCUUCGGGGCACUAGCUACCGACCUUAUCAAAGCUCAUCCCGAGUUUGCCACCGACAUGAACAGUACCCGGUACUCUUAUUAA